GUUUAGAGCCUGUGAGAGUGCGGAGAGGGUCUGAGGGGAUGGAUGCUGACAGGAUGCAGCUUCGCCUCAGCGAGCCUCAUCCCUCCAUCCUCCCGGCGAUGCGCUGUGCGUUAUGACGCCAGGCCGUUUGACGAGCGCGUUACGUGGGACUGGCAGAGCAGCACGGCAAGCCUUGGAUCCCCGUUAUGUAAUGCAUCGGAUGCUUCUGCACGGCACAGAGUUGCAGAGGAGGUGGGGGGGAGAAAAAAAAACAACAACUGACGGAUGGCUGGUUUAGAUACUAAAGUCGGCUUAUGACUGAGCGCACAGACGGCUGCUUUGGGAGAGUACAAUGAUAAGCGUAAAUCGCUGGAGUGCAGUGUGAUUGAGCCCGUCUGGGCAUCAGUGGCCUAUCCCUGAAGGUGCACAGACGUCUGGAAGCUGCACUGCUUCUUUAUAUUCGUUUGUUUUUUAUUUCCAGAGGCGCGUCUCUGUUUUAAUCCGUCUCCUACAUCAGUGGAAAUCAACCAAUGCGGCUCAGUUUUAGAGAAGAAACAGGUUUGUACUUUGUCCUCCAACGCACUGGUUUGAUCCGACAGCCACUGAGCUGUGGUAUAAACAAUGGCGGGUCCCGAGCAGUCCCAGCAACAGCAGCAGGUAGAGGAGAAGGCAGAGCACAUAGAUGAUGCUGAGAUGGCCCUGCAAGGUAUUAACAUGCUGCUCAACAACGGAUUCAAAGAGAGCGACGAGCUUUUCAGGAGAUACAGGACCCAGAGCCCACUGAUGAGCUUUGGAGCCAGUUUCGUCAGUUUCCUGAAUGCCAUGAUGACAUUUGAGGAGGAGAAGAUGCAGACGGCCUGCGAUGACCUGAGGACCACCGAGAAACUGUGUGAGAGCGACAGCGCCGGAGUCAUCGAGACAAUCAGAAACAAGAUUAAAAAAAGUAUGGACUCCCAGAGGUCAGGCGUAGUCAUCGUAGACCGCCUGCAGAGACAGAUCAUUGUUGCUGACUGUCAGGUGUACCUCGCCGUGCUCUCCUUCGUCAAACAGGAACUAUCAGCUUAUAUCAAAGGAGGCUGGAUCCUUCGUAAGGCGUGGAAAAUGUACAAUAAGUGCCACAGUGACAUCAGCCAGCUGCAGGACACCUGUCAGAGGAGGUCCUCUGUCCACCAGGAGUCCCUCCCGACGGACAACGCCAACCACAAUGCGCCAUUGGAGAACGGCGUGACGGCCGAGGCCCUGGACCGGCUCAAGGGCUCCGUCAGCUUCGGCUACGGCCUCUUCCACCUGUGCAUCUCCAUGGUACCACCACACCUGCUGAAGAUUAUCAACCUGCUGGGUUUCCCCGGUGACCGUCACCAGGGCCUUUCCUCCCUUAUGUAUGCAAGUGAGAGCAAGGACAUGAAGGCACCACUAGCUACAUUGGCCCUCUUGUGGUACCACACAGUAGUGUUGCCUUUCUUUGCUCUGGACGGCUCUGAUACGCAUGAGGGACUACUCGAAGCCAAAGCUAUUCUCCAGAGAAAGUCGGUGGUUUACCCCAACUCAUCCCUCUUCAUGUUCUUUAAAGGACGGGUCCAGAGGCUAGAGUGCCAUAUCAACAGUGCUUUGGCCUGUUUCCAUGAUGCAUUAGAACUUGCAUCAGACCAAAGAGAGAUCCAGCAUGUGUGUCUCUAUGAGAUUGGUUGGUGUAGCAUGAUAGAGAUGAAUUUUGAAGACGCGUACAGGUCGUUUGAAAGGCUGAAGAAUGAGUCGCGUUGGUCUCAGUGCUACUAUGCCUACUUGACUGGAGUGUGUCAGGGCGCUUCAGGUGACCUGGACGGAGCAAGCGGCGUUUUCAAAGAUGUGCAGAAGCUGUUCAAGAGGAAAAACAACCAGAUAGAGCAGUUUGCUGUCAAAAGGGCUGAGAGAUUAAGAAAGACCUCCCCCACCAGAGAGCUAUGCAUCCUUGGUGUAGUUGAAGUGUUGUAUCUGUGGAAAGCGCUUCAAAACUGCUCCUCAUCUAAACUUCAGAUAAUGAAUCAGGUGUUACAGAGUUUAGAUGAAGCUUCGUGCAGAGGCCUGAAACAUCUCCUUCUUGGUGCCGUUCACAAAUGUCAUGGAAAUAUGAGAGACGCUGUUCAGGCAUUCCAGCUGGCUGCUAGAGACGAGUACGGACGACAUAUCAACUCAUAUGUUCAGCCAUAUGCCGUCUAUGAACUCGGCUGUGUACUCCUUGCAAAACCAGAGACUGUGGGAAAGGGCAGAUCAUUGCUACUUCAAGCAAAGGAGGAUUUUACAGGCUACGACUUUGAGAACAGGCUUCACGUCCGCAUCCAUUCAGCCCUGGCUUCUUUGAAGGAAGUAGUGCCUCAGUAACUCCAUAAAGGGGACCUACGAUGGCUAAAGCUAUGUCUAUAGCUUUUUACACCAAGUUUUUAAGCCAUUCAAAAUAACUGUAUGACAUCCAAGUGAAUCAUACACCUGUGUUUUUACCAUUCUUAAAGGAUUUGGGGAAAUUUGUUAAUUCACUUGUUUGCUAUCUUACCCUGUCAGAUUUAUAUGAAGUGACAUAUACGGAUGUGGGUAUGUGUUCAUACUAGUCUAGCACAAAGUACAUGGAAAUGGCUAUCUUAGUAAGUUAAAAAAUAUGCCCAUGAUACCGGUACAGACUUAUCUUGUUAAUACAUCCACCAAACAAGCCCCAUAAACCGGACCGGACAGCAGUAUAACUUGUAUUAAUGAGAUAUCUUGGAGCAUUUUUUAAAAAUUUAAAUUCGAUGGUGCUAAGCUAGAUAUUUCCCCAUGCCUCCUGCCCAAGUGCUAAGCAAGGCUAAACACAUCCCUGACAGGAUGCACAAGGAUGAAAUUGAUAUAAAUCCUCGACCCAAGCAAGCAUCUUUCCCCAAAUCUCUUAACUGUUCCUUUUAAGUGUUUUCUGCACCCACAUGUAUUAGCUAUAGUAACAAUUACCCUCAUUAACUGUGUAUUCGGAGGAUUUCAGUCAUGCCUCCACCUCCUGUGAGCGGGCAAAUUCAGCACAUAAAAGCAACUUUUUAAUAUUUCCCCUAAUAGUAACUUUACAAUGAGUAAAAAAAAAGAAAAAAA